AGAGUAAAGUUGUUAAUUUGUUUGUUUAUUAGCUGGCUUGCAACUUUGUUAUGUUGAUGAAACAAAACAGUUGACUGCUGCAGUUAACGUUAGUUACGUUUAGUUAUGCAGGCUAGCUAGCUAAACACAAAGCAGUUAUUUGUCGUUAUCUGUCUCUGUCAUCAUAGGCUACUAGUCCUGGCAAAAAUGUACUCGCGGAUUUAUCAUACAGCUGUCAAGAGCAAUGCCCUGACUAAUAUAUUACCUGUGGGGAAACCAUGGACUCCUGUUGUAGGCUAGGCUAGCCUACCUAGAACCAGAGAAUGAAGCGAGGCAGAGGUCGACACGGGCGUUACUUUGGCAAAUGGCGAAGAGCUCCGUCCACUAACAGAUCCCAUCACAGCAGCGGGUAUGACGAGUCACCAGACCGCUACAGCGCCUCCAAUGAUGGUGCAGAGGCCGGGUCCAGUGCAUCCUCCUGCACCACGUCCUUAACAUCCUCCACAUCCACUGCACCAGAUCUACCAGGCUUCUACUUUGACCCUGAGAAGAACCGUUAUUUCCGCCUGCUGCCUGGACACAACAACUGCAACCCCUUGACCAACGAAAUGCUUCGAGCAAAGGAACAUGAACAAAGGAGGUCUGCCAUGCUUUUAGAGGAUGAACAACCCAGGAAGAAAGCCCCACGAACAGGACUGAACACGUCUCUUCUGUUACAAAACAGACACCUAGGCCUUCUCCCUCCCAGUUCUUACUGCAGGCUGAUCCAUGAACUGAAGGUGAGUGGGAUGAGGCGAUACAAGCUUGAGGUUCAGAGUUCAGACUCCAGUUCUCCCAACACAGACAACUUCCGCCAUAUUGUGGCGGACUCCACCUGCGAGCGCAUCUUCACGGUGAACGACGUGUCGCACGGCGGCUGCAAGUACGGCAUAAUGAACCUCGGCGGCUGUAGCAAGGGCUCCCUGUCGGUGGAGAUGUGCGACAACCUGUACUUCACCAACCGCAAGGUGAACUCCAUAUGCUGGGCCUCUGUUUCCCAUGCAGACUCGCAUGUGCUCUUGUGUCUUGUGAGUAUAUCGGAAACUCCAGGCUGUGUGAGCGUACUGCCCGCCUCUCUCUUCAGCAACUCCAACCCUGACCAGCCAGGGAUGCUGUGCAGCUUCAAGAUCUCCACCGUCUGGUCGUGUGCCUGGUGUCUCAAUCCACAGGCUGACAAGACAUUCAGCACGGGUCUCUCGCGGCAAGUGAUUGUAACGAACGCUGUGACGGGAAGGAGGCAGACGUACAGCGUCGGCAGUGACGUGCUCGCCCAACAAUUUGCUCUCAGGGCCCCAGUGCUCUUCAACGGCUGUCGCUCGGGAGAGAUCUUCAGCAUCGACCUGCGGCAACGCUCGCGGCGUGACCACAGCUGGAAGGCCUGUCGCUUCCAGCAGGGCUCGGCCGUCACCUCAGUCCGCCUUCUACAGGACGAAAACUACCUCCUCGCCUCUGACAUGCAGGGCAAGAUCAAGUUGUGGGAUAUCCGUACGACCCGACCAGUCAAGAACUAUGAGGGCCACCAUAAUGAGUAUGCUUACCUCCCCCUGCAUGUCAACGAGGAAGAGGGGCUACUUCUGGCAGUUGGCCAGGACUGCUACACACGUCUGUGGAGCCUGAGCGACGGGCAUCUGCUGAGGACCAUCCCAUCGCCGCACCCAGCGGGCAAAGAUGGCUUCGACAGCAUCCCCAACGUGGUCUUCUCCUCCCAGCUGGGCGGCUGCAAGGGCCUGCCCGGGCUCCUCAUGGCCGUGGAGCAAGACCUCUACUACUACCCGUACAACAGUGACUACCAGGACGCCACCCCAGGUGGCGAGGCAGCCGCGGCACUGGGUUCAAAGAGGCGGACAGAGGCGUAACCGUGGUUUCCGUCCCGGGUUGUGGCAUCUGGGGGGGGGGGCAUGUAGAUGAUGGGCCGUCCCGGCAGGAUUGGCUGCUUGUUCUCGGAGUCACUGAGAAGUUGUUGAAGACUUAAAAAGAACUUCUGAGAAGAGGAGAUUUGGAAAUGAUUGCAUGACUUUUGUUUACAGAGAGAACUCCAGAAACAGAUGCAGCCUUUUAAAAACAACACUCUCGGGCAUUGAAAUUUACAUUGUUACAUUUUUUUUCUAAAUUAUGAGUUUGUGGGGGUUUUUUUUCCUUCUUCUACUGUGUCUACCACAAGUGCAAUUUAUGGACUGGAAAGAUGUGAUGAAAAUCUGCAAGACAAGUCCUCUAGAUUUCAGUUAUCUGAACGGCCAAAUAACAAAUCUUUACUUAUUUCAAAUACAGUGAUAAAGUAGCCUGAUUAAAAUGUAGGGUCUGGGUACUCACCGUUCGCAGUGCUCAGUCCGAGGGGCGGGAUAAUCAGUUGUCUUUCAAAUUCCCUCUGCAC